AUGGCGACUGUGAUGACAAGGAGUAUGAGGCUAAACGCAGAACACAAAAUGGAGACAGCUUUAGCUACAAAGAAGGUUGGACUGUUGAAGCCACGGCAAAGGAAUGCUCUGGAGGAUAUCGGGAACUGCCUGAGCCGGGCCAAACCAGCUUUGAAAAAGGAAAGUAAAGGAGUAAGAACUGAUGUGGUGGAAAAGGUUGCCAGGCCAUCUCCUGUGGAGGAAGAAAAGCCAGUGCCUUUGAGCCCAAUGGACACAUCUGGUGCUUCUCCAAUGGAAGACCAGAGUGAGGCUUUCUCAAAAGCUCUGCUGCAGAUGAAGGAUGUGGAUGAAGAUGAUGCUGACAAUCCCAUGCUGUGUAGUGAAUAUGUGAAGGAUAUCUACUGCUACCUGAGAGAACUGGAGGCAGAACACGCAGUCCAGCUAGACUACCUCAAAGGUGAAGAGAUAACUGGAAAUAUGAGGGCAAUUCUUGUUGACUGGCUGGUACAAGUUCACAUGCGGUUCAAGCUGCUCCAGGAGACAAUGUUCAUGACUGUCUCAAUUUUGGACCGGUUUUUACAAAUAAACCCUGUGCCAAAGAAACAACUGCAGUUAGCUGGUGUGACUGCCAUGUUCAUUGCAUCUAAAUAUGAAGAGAUCUAUUGUCCCACAAUCGGUGAUUUCUCAUUUGUUACGGAUCACACCUAUACAAAAAAGCAGAUCAGAAACAUGGAGAUGCAAAUUCUAAAUGUUCUGAAGUUUAAUAUUGGAAAACCCCUACCGCUUCACUUUCUAAGAAGAGCAUCAAAGAUAGGAGAGGUUGAAGCUGCUUUGCACACACUGGCAAAAUAUCUAAUAGAACUGUCUAUGCUGGACUAUGAAAUGGUGCAUUUUCCCCCUUCACAAGUAGCAGCUGCAGCAUUUUGCUUGUCUCAGAAGGUUUUAGAUGGAGGGGAAUGGACUCCAAUGCUACAGCACUAUAUGGCCUACAGUGAGAGUGCUCUCAUCCCAGUCAUGCAGCACUUGGCAAAGAAUGUCCUGAAAGUCAACAGAGGGCUUACAAAGUUUACGUCUGUCAGAGACAAAUAUGCCAGGAGCCAGCAAAUGAGGAUCAGCUGUUUACCCCAACUCAAUUCAGAAAUUAUGGUGACACUUGCCAAAAAUGUAUGUUAAUGCUUAUAUAAUGUUGUAAACUAUACUCUGUAAACAUUAUGCUCUUAUACACUUUUAAUACUUUUUUUAUAUUUUUAAUAAAUGCUCU